AUGCGCACACUCCUUGCACUCGUUCUCGUUUUCACGACACAUUUCUACUCUUCUCUCGCUGCCACUGCUUCAGAAUGGCGAAAUCACUCCAUCUACCAAUUGAUGACCGACCGCUUCGCCCGUCCCGAUGGCUCGCUAACAGCUCCCUGCGACCCGAAUGAACGAGUGUUUUGUGGAGGUACUUGGAAGGGGAUCAUAAGCCGCCUGGACUACAUCUCUCGAAUGGGGUUUACCGCAAUCUGGGUGAGCCCUAUUGUCGAGCAGUCAGAUGGACGAACUGGUGUUGGCGAGGCAUAUCACGGUUACUGGACGCGCAAUCUCUACGCAUUCAACCUCAAAUUCGGCACUGAGCGGGACUUUAUCGACCUUGUCGGUGCAGCACAUGAACGCGGCAUGCUCGUCAUGCUCGACGUCGUCCUCAAUCAUUUUGCCAAUCCCGGCGAGACAAUACAAUACCAAAACCUCAUUCCGUUCAACCACGAGCGAUACUAUCACCCCAAGCGCGAAAUCGACUGGGGCAGCCAACCCUCGAUAGAAAAUGGUUGGAUGGGAAAUGGCUACCUUUGGCUACCUGAUCUCAAUACAGAGGACAAAGAAGUCGCCGACAUCUUGGUCGCGUGGACGAAGAACGUCGUGAGCAAAUAUAAGAUCGACGGACUUCGCUUGGAUGCAACACGAAACAUUCCGAUGUCUUUCUGGAAGAGGAUCUGCGGGGAAGUCGGUGUGUAUUGUCAAGGAGAGGUCUGGGCCAGCGAUGUCAACAUUGUCUGUCCCUAUCAAGACUCGAUGGAUGGUUUGCACAACUACCCCUUCAAAGUUGCCGCGACCGAGGCAUUCACCUCCCCCAACGGUAAUCUCUCCGCAUUCGUUCAAGUGGCUCAACACAUGCGAUCUCAAUGCAAGGAUGUCUCUCUCUUUGGCACCUUUAUGGAGAACCACGAUAAUCCGCGUCUAGGCAGCAUCACAACAGACCCUGGUCGACUCCGCACAUUGGCUGUCCUCAACAUACUCUCUGACGGAAUUCCCAUCGUAUACUAUGGUCAAGAACAGAUGCUCACCGGCGCUAAUGAUCCACUCAAUCGUGAAGCACUCUGGCAUACGCACUACUCGACAGCGAAUAAUCUUGUCCCAACAUUCACAAGACUCAACGCAUUUCGACGCCUCUUGAUCUCGGCUGCAAGCCCCACGCCUUUCACAUAUGCCGUCUCAACAUACCAUCUUCUGGGAACCCAAGUCCUGAAUAUACGCAAGGGCGAUGUGUCUCUCGUUCUAACUAACCUGGGUGUGGCGACGGACAUUGUGGUACCUAUGUUUGCUGCUGGGGAGGAGUUAUUGGAGGUGCUCUCGUGUCGCCUUUUGCGUGCAGACUCGAUGGGACAAAUCAAGCUCACGUUGACUGGAGAGCCCCUGGUGAUAUAUCCUAGGACUCGUAUCGCGGAUUCGGAGACAACGAUUUGUGGGGCGUGA